AUAAAUCGAAAAAAAUGUGAUGUAAAAUUCAGCGACGAUUGCAGCGUCCAAACAACCGAUUAAAUUCCCGUCCACAAAUCAUGAUUGCAUCAUUUAAUUAAUCAAGAGAGAACUGAAAUUAUUAUUGCACAAAAGAUCCUAAAACGAUGGCGACAGUUUCACUAUUAACAACACCAGAGCCACAUUUUCUUCCCGGGUAUGCGGGCUUCUGUCCCCAGUAUCGAUACAGAUGUGGCGAAACUUACGGCAAUGUUACCCAUAAAUUACUAUUGGAUGGAACUAUCGAUAGAUCUGAAACAAUGAUCUUGUCUAAUCGAUCCGCUGAUGAUUACGAGGUGAUGAGACCACCCAAGGAUGAUUUAGACAUCGUGACAGCCCGCACAAAACGAAUGGACGCAACAUACAAGUAUCCGAUUAUACCAGGUUACCAAGGAUUCAUGCCGAACCUGAAUGCCAGAUUGGGUCAGAGGUACACAGUAUCGGCAACAGAAGGCCUCGCCGACUUCGAGCGUCAGCAAUUGAAAGAUCGAUCGGCAUUAAAUCAAUUGAAAAAUGUCAUUGCACAUCAAAGCGGAAUGGCAGAGCCAAGGAGUCUAUCAGACCGAAUAAUGAAGAAGACUGAAUUCAAAAUGCCACUGAUGACAGUUCGUCCCGAUUGGGCCCUAAUGAUGAGAAAUUUACCGGUCGAGGAAGCCUGUCAUCCCCCAGAGAGCCACAAUCCCUCGCCCUAUUUCAUGGAUAAUACUAACGAUGAAAAAUACUUUGUUAACGGAUAUACCGGACAUAUUCCUCACAGUCAUGAUCAUUUUGGUGGAUCUCAUAAGCCAAUGACAAAUAGCGCAUUGUGCGAAUUUACGAAUAAUUAUCGAUCACGACAGAGCGCUGAAUGGGCUCCAGUAUCAAUUUCUCGACCGGAUCCACCCCUCCUCAUUCAACCCCCAGAAAUUUAUCACAAACACGUGGGAAUGAUGCCUAAUUACCUCGGGCACAUUCCCGGCGCAGCUUUCAGAUACGGUAAAACGUAUGGAUCAGACACCCGCGACGCAAAGAGAUGGUUAAGAGGAGACUUCACUCAUUGAUAAAAAAUUUUUAUUAACAAUG